ACAAGCGAGUGAUAGGCAUGAACGAUAUAGAUAAUCUCCUUCGCAAGUCUGGAGCUGUAAAAUCGAAGCAUCUAAACAGGGGACAAUGUGGCUGACCCAGAAACGAGACUCACUCAUGGUGGUAGCUUCACUAAUAGCCACAAUGGCUUUUCAAGCCGGUGUGAGCCCUCCUGGUGGUGUUUGGCAAGAUAAUUCACCUGAUCAUAGGGCAGGGGAGGCCGUAAUGUCCUACAACUAUGAAGACUCUUACCCGUUCUUCCUUCGGUUCAAUACGAUUGGAUUUGUUGGUUCACUAAGCACGAUUCUGUUGUUAAUCACUGGCUUGCCAUUUAGGAAGAAGUUCAUGAUGUGGCUCUUAGUUUUGAUCAUGUGGGUGACCAUUUCUGCUAUGGCGGUUACUUAUGCAUUCGCUAUAACUGUGGUGACCCCGAAGAAAAGCAGAGGACCUCUUACUAACACGAUUGUGGUUGGUGUGAUUGUGUGGGGAGGGGUUAUGUUUUUGCUCCUUUUAUGGCAUAGUCUUGUUUUCCUAAACAAGUGGUUUCAUCGUAACAAGAUUCAUCCUUGUCCUAAUUUCUUUAGCAAAUUCUUUCGACUAUGCAGUGGGCCGUCCCCAGAACCCCAACCUGGUGCAUGAACCGCGCCACAUUUA